AUGACUGAAACGACUAGACUGCAUAUUACGCCUUUCACCCAGGAUAUCCUUCCAUCGGUGCUGCCAGCAUCAAUUCGCAACUUGGCCUCAGAUAUAUCUUUCCACGAGAUUCCCACUUUCCCAGAGAAUAACUACGGAUACGUGACUCUGCCAAACAUGGAAGCGGAAAAGAUCAAGAAGAAGCUGAACGGCUCAAUGCUCAAGGGCAAGAAGUUCAAAGUCGAGGCGGCCCGCCCUCAAAAGAGACACCGAGAGGAAGAGGAUAUGGUGCCCGAGACCCCCUCUAGUGUCAAGAAAAAGUCUAAAAAGUCCAAGAACCAAGCGCCCGAGGAUGGUGUAUUGGAAGGCUUUGAGCUUCCCGUAGACCGCAAAGUGAAACGAGGCUGGACCGAGACCAGUGAUGCCAAGCAGGAGAGACGAAAGUCGGAGAAGAAAGAGAAGAAGAGCAAGGAGGAAAAAUUGCAACCCAAGUCUAAGUACACCGACAAAUCCGAAUGCCUCUUCCGAGCAACGAUCCCACCGAACCGAGCAUCCAACGCAACUUCCGACGAUAAGAAAGCAAAGAAGAAGAAGAAGUCCAAGGAUAAUAUCGUCCAUGAAUUUGAAAAAACAAUGGCCCAGCCAAGCUUCCUACGCACUGCCGAGGAAAGCAAACCGCCCACAGCUAUAUUUGAAGAUGGAAAAGGCUGGGUGGACUCUACCGGGAAUCUGAGAGAACCCGCGAGCGAAAAGAUCUCGAAGGAUAAUUACCGCCCUGGUCAGAUUCCAGGGGCUAAGGAAAAGGCCCGAGCUGCCAAAUCGGCUGCCAAAGAUGUGAAAAAGCGUUCACGCAAAGAAAAGACUCCAGAGGAAUCUUCCGAGUCUGAAGAUUAUACCUCAUCGAGUGGCUCAUCGUCUGACGAGAGCAGUGACUCGGAGAGCGAGGUGGAUGAGAACAAGGCAGAUGAAAACUCCGAAGAUUCAUCUGCAUCUUCUGAGGAGGAUAUCAAGCCGCAAUCCCAAGCAGAGACCUCCAAGCCUACGGAAGCUAACGACGCUGAUGAUGAUACACCGAACCAGUCAGAGGCGGAUGUCAUACCCACAGAGGCUGCGCAAGAGGCUGCGCAAGAUUCAUCUGCGAAGGAAGUUCACCCACUUGAAGCUCUUUUCAAGAGAACCGCCCCGACAGCAUGCGAUAACCAGCCAGCUCCCGAGGCCGAGGCUGGAUUUAGCUUCUUUGGCAAUGACAUUGAAUCGGAGGACGAACCUCAAAUGGCUGAGCCACAGACACCUUUCACACCCUUUACGAAGAACGAUCUACAAAACCGGGGUCAGCGCAGUGCAGCUCCCACUCCCGACACUACUGCUGCUACCCGGCACAUGACUUGGAACGAGAGUGACUCCGAUGACGUUUCGAUCGACAGCCCUGUCACAAAAGCUCGCCCGGAAGCCGGUGCAAGCAUGGAAGAAACCGAAUUCGCAAAGUGGUUCUGGGAGAAUCGCGGUGACAACAAUCGCGCCUGGAAGAAAAGGAGACGUGAUGCUGCUAAGGAACAGAGACAAAGAGAUAACCGGAAGAAGGGAUUCAAGGGCAAGUCAUAA